UUGCGUUGGUGCAGUAUGGUGUGCGAGAUAGAGCAAGAAACCGGCUCCUUGGUUGUAGAGAAACAAAAAUCGGAAACCGAGAAUCGAGAGACGGAAUGCGAGAGUCAGCAGUCCUGUUCUGAUAAAGCGGCCAUCUUACCACAGGUGGCGGGAACGGCGGCGGGGGCAUUGGCUCAGCUGGGCGUCGGAAUCAUCGGGGGAUUUUCGGGCGUGAUGUUGCCCCAGCUCACCGACGUCGAGUCUGGGGAUAUUUACCUGGACGAGCACCAGGUGGCUCUUUUCAGCAGCCUCGUGUUCCUCGGGUCGGCCGUCGGGUGCCUGGUGUGGACGCUGCCGAUGGCGUGGAUGGGCCAGCGGUGGUCCAUGCUCGUCCACCUGCCCGUGUUCCUUGCGGCCUGGCUCACCCUCGCCUUCGCCUCCUCCGUGUGGCUCCUGCAGACGUCCCGCUUCCUGCUGGGCGUGAGUGGCGGCGUGAUCGAGGCUGCCUCCUACAGCUACGUGACGGAGUUGGCGCACAGCAGGGUCAGGGGAAAGCUGGUGGGCACGGCUGACACGGUGAGGCAGCUGGGCGUGCUGCUGGUGUAUUCCCUGGGCAGCACCGGCCUCAGCUGGAGGACGACGGCGCUCAUCUGCGGCUGCGUGACGACGAUCCCGGUGGGCGUCGGCCUCCUGCUGCUGCCGAACUCGCCCCGCUGGCUAGCCACCCGCGGGCGCGUGGACGAGUGCAGGGAGAGUCUGGCGUUUUUCCGAGGCGCUCGGUACGACUGCAGUUCCGAGAUGGAGGCCGUCGUCAGUCAGACGAAGGACGAAGACGGCGGCGGCGGCAGGAUGCUGCAGCAGAUCCGGCGCAUGAGGGAGCCGCAGACGCUGAAGAUCUUCGGCCUCCUCGCGUUCCUGAUGUUCUCCGUCCAGUUCACGGGGAACAUCGUGGUCCUCUCGUACGUGGUCCCGAUCUUCAACGCGGCCAAAGUCAACAUCAGCUCCUACAUGAGCGCCAUCGUGGUCGCCAUCGUGAGAAUCGUGGCCACAGUCUUCUCUCUCUCAGUCGUCGACCGGCUGGGGCGGCGGCCGGCGCUGGUCACGGCCUUCCUGCUGUGCUCCGGCUCCCUCUUCCUGCUCGGAACCUUCUUCUUCCUGCAGAAGGGAGGCGUGAGCAUGGAAAACGUCGGCUGGUUCCCCGUCCUGACGAUGAUGGUGUAUACCUUCGUGACGUGCGUGGGACACCCCGUCCUGAACCUCGUACGCGGGGAGCUCCUACCGACGGCGGUCCGGAACGCUGCCAAUUCCCUCCUCUUCUUCAUCUUCUUCUGCGGGAUGUUCGUUGCCUCUCACUCCUACCCUGCGACGGUAUCGGCCCUGGGGGAGGAGGGGGCUUUCUGGGUGUACGGUGGCGUGUGUCUCAUCAUCGUGGCUGCCGUGGCGUUCUUCAUCCCGGAGACUCGAGGCAAAGUCCUGGAGAACAUUGCUGAACAAGAACAAGAUGCAGGCGUCUCCAAAACCCAACUUUGAAGGACCAGUUGAUAAGGAGAUGAAGAACAGAUAAUCUAUUCUAUGAUAAGAGUGAGAGAAAGACCUUCUAUAUUAAGAUGAGAGUGAGAGAAAGAUCAGACAAUCUAUACUUAGAUGAGAGCGUGUGAGAGAAAGAUGCAUAACUAUUUAAUAAUUUGAAAUAAUAACUAUUUAUAAUCAUUCCAUGUUUCAUACGACGGCGAACUUAUUCACGUUGCCCUUUCAUAUGUAUUGUUAGAAGAGAUGAAGUGUUUUGUGUUUUUCAGAUGCAAUAUUUUAUCCCAAUGAUAUAAGUUUGUGCAAUGCUAUUGUACAUGUGUUAUGUUUGUGACAAAUUAUGUGGGAACCAAACCAGUAAAAGGCAAUAAAUAAGAUUUCACCUUUUUAAGACUUUGAAAAAUAUAAUAAGGAUGGUUUUUAUACACAAAGCAGGAUUGUAAACAAUGAUAUGCAUAUUUUGCUAGUCAUUAUACUUAAUACACUUAUUAAACGAACGUAACUUACACAUGUAUAUAUUAUGAAGGUGAUGUAGACAAAUAGGCGAUAUAUUUGACAAAUUUACAGAUUAAUUCAUACAAAGUGAACAGUUUAUUUCUUAGAAUUAUUUUGUGAAUGUAUGAACCAA